UUCCUCAUCUCUCACCCUUUCUUUGUUCCAUUUCUUCCUUCCAUUACUUGCUUUUCUCUGCAGUCAUGGUACUUGCUGGUAAGCUUAUUACUGAAAUUGAGCUCAAAUCCCCAGCUGUCAAGUUCUAUAACCUCUUCGCAAAGCAGCUUCAUGAUGCUCAAAAGGUCUGCGACAGAGUGCAUGAAACCAAGGUUCAUGAAGGCGACUGGCAUGGCAUUGGCUCCGUUAAACAAUGGACUUAUGUCAUAGAUGGCAAGGUGCACACAUGUCUGGAGCGAAUUGAAGCUAUUGAUGAACAGAACAAAACAAACAAAUAUACCGCGUUUGGUGGAGAUGUCAGUCCGCUCUAUAAGAAGUUUACAGUGAUUUUUCAAGUGAUUGAGAACAACGGUGGCCAUGAUGCAGUUAAAUGGACUGUUGAAUAUGAGAAGCUCCGUGAGGACAUUGAACCUCCAAAUGGCUACAUGGACUACUUUAAUAAGGUCACUAGAGAUGUUGAUGCUCAUCUUAUGAAGGCUUGAGAACAUAAAUGGGCUUGGUUUGAGUACAAGUGUUUAUCUAAGUAAUCGUUGUGAAGUUUAACAUGUAGGAUUGAGAUGCUUAUUUUCUUCCUGUUGAUCGUUUGUUUGUAUUGAAUAAGGAUGCAUCUCGGUGAUGGUUGAAGAAGUGUUGAAUUAUGUUCAGAGGCUCGCCAUAAUGCAAUGAAUAAAUGGAUAUUUUUGUGUGUA